CACCAUUUAAAGCAGAGCAAGAGCUUGAACCAAGCCAUACCCCUGGAGAGGAGAAAAAAUCAAUCAAAGAGAGAGAAUGGUUUUGCUAGACAAGCUCUGGGACGAUGUUUUGGCUGGUCCUCACCCUGAUCGGGGCCUAGGCAAGCUCAGGAAGGUUACCCCCAAGCCCUUAAACCUGGGAGAUGGUGUGGAAGGAGAGGGAAGCAAGUACCAGCGAUCGCUGUCGAUGCCGGCGGGCCCAUCAACUCCACCAACACCGGGGACGCCGAUGACGCCACCUUCUGCUAAGAAAGAGAACGUGUGGAGGAGUGUGUUCCAUCCAGGAAGCAACCUUGCCACCAAGAGCCUCGGCGCUAACCUCUUCGACAAGCCCCAGCCCAACACCCCCACUGUUUACGACUGGCUCUACAGCGAUGGCACCCGGAGCAAGCACCGUUGAGGAGUGAGAGAGUGAGGCAAGGGCACACAUGGUGAUGUUGCCAAUUGCUACGAAUUAGACGGUGAUAUAUAUAGGCAGUAAGAUCCUUUCAGUGACUCAGUCCCAUCUUUGUACAUGUUUUUUUUUUUUUUUGUCGUAUUAAUUAAGUGGGUGGUGUGUCGUGGUCGCGUAUGGACUAAAAGUCAAUUAGUGAAGUGUGCGUGAAUCUGUCAAGGAAAGCGAAUGUAGUGUAUGUAUAUGCGAGGCAGGGUACGGUGGUGUGCGUUUUCACCUUUGAGGAGAUGUUCUGUGGCAUCCACGCCUUAGAUGGUUAUCUAUUUAUCUACAGCUUUGUUUUUGUGAUCGUGAUGUUGGAAAAGAUGAUUCUGAAUAAUAAUACAGUAAAAUGAUGCUUAAAAUUU